AUGCCCCGUCCACGCACGGUGGCCCCUUUCGCCCUCCCCACCAAGCCUCCGAAGGACACAGUCCUCUCCUUUCGCACACCCAUGCCGCCUUCAGACAUCGCCAACACAUCCAACGACAAUGACAACCAGAAGCCCCCCUUUAUCGUCCUCUAUAACCUUGAAUAUGGACUCUCAUGGCUAAGGGAGCUCCUCGUUAUCGGAAAAGACCGUCACAGUGCACAAUUUCCAAUGUACCUUGCAGAGUGGCACAACAACCCUGCCCUUGGCGGCGUUCAACUCCAAGACGAUGUCGAUGAGAUUUGUGGACAGUGGUUCACUCAACUCAACGACCAUGUCUCAGAUGGUGACGAGUCGCUUGACGGGGAACAGGACGGCGCAUCAAUCAUAUCAACAUGUGCUUACGCCUCUCGACCGCCACUCAUCCGCAACCCCGAUGCCUACGUCGACGACGAGGACAGCUGGGACUAUGCCAUGGAGGAAGCGGUGCCGGAGUGGUGCAUGUUUGAGAACUGUAUGCAGCUGGUCGAGUCGCCCACUCUUCAAGACCUCGAGGAAACCAUCGACACGAUUACAUGGAACUCGCUCCCGACAGCUCUCCAGUAUUCUAUCGUCAUUGACUUGGAAGCGGACCACGAUCUCGCGUUCUACGAGGCCACCGAGGUACCUGUCGGACUCUGCAAGUAUCUGGCCCCGCACAAGUUUGAUGGCGAGCUUCAAGCCCUACUCUGGAUGGUGCUUCAAGGAAAUGCCGAGGCUGCAAUUGCCACUGGCCUGCGCGCCCUCCUGAUCACACACGACCUCUACGGCUCAGUCUAUGGCUCAACCACAAUUGGACCCCGCUUUCUGCGCUUUUACAUGCUGUCACCUGACCGCGUUGCAGUGGAGCUGCCUCCGCAGUCUGGGACCGUCGACAACUCCGUUCCCCCAAAGGAUAGGCCUGGUGUGCCAUGUACAGAGCUGCUGGCCAACGACCCAUUCGCGCGCCUCCCAUGGUCAUUCGUUGCUGAUCGCGGUGUCCCCCUGAACACCAGUGUGAACGAUAACCCGAACGGCAUCAACCUUGACCUCGACGCUUUCCAGACCUUUGUCAACUUCAACGUCGCCGCUGUCCUUCGCUUGGGCGCCGACGAUUUCACCAACAAGCCGUCGGCAUGGGCCCUGGCAACAGUGAACUCGUGGGACAGGCUUGGUGACCUCGAGCCAGAAAUCACCGUUCCUCCUUUCGACCCUGGUCGUCUCCCCUGUCCGCUUCAAGAGACGGUUCAGAAAGAAGCCUUCGCCAUGUUCCAGAACGUCCGGCUCCCGGCCGAGGUGCGAAACAUGAUCGUCGACUUUGUCCCACACGCAACCAUUGUCAAUUCUCAAGUCGGCGCCGCACUGCCCCCAAGUGACCUUACAACCAACGACCCAAACACCAGCCGUCUCAACGCCCACCCCCUCGCAUCCUCGCUUGACAAGAUAGCAUCCUUUGUGCCUGUCACUCCCAAAGAGAUGGACGAGCUGGUGAAGCGGCAGUGCUACUCCGAUCUGGAGAGGUACGGACCCAACCCCUGGGCCAAGGACGGCGAGUGCUUCGAGCCGGGUCUGCCGAGCCCAGUCAGCGAGUAG